GCGGCGGCGGCAGAACCGGCAGGGUCAUCGUCGGCGAGUGAGGUGUCGAUUGGAAAACAAAACCCGGAUUCGGAUCCUGGAUCGGAAUCUGGAGAGCCGGAACUGAGAACUUGUGAUCUGCAGACUAAUGACGCAGAAAGGCCAGCCACUACAACCGAUGUGCCGGAGAUGGAGAAGUGUCCUGAUACCGACAUGAAUCCAGAAGUCCAAGGCUUGGUGACACCUUCGCCCGCAGGCGAAGUUGUGGCGGAAGCUGAGAAGACGAAAUCCGCAAAGAAGCGGACUGCAAAGGCUCCGUGGGCGAAGCUGCUUUCUCAGUAUCCUCAGAACCCUCAUCGUGUCAUGAGAGCCUCUGUGUUUACCGUUGGACGGCGAGGAUGUGAUUUAUGUAUCAAAGACCAAUCUAUGCCCAGUGUUCUAUGUGAAAUGAGGCAGUCUGAGCACGGAGGUCCAUCAGCUGCAUCGCUGGAGAUAAUAGGAAGUGGAGUUCUUGUUCAGGUCAAUGGCAAGAUUUACCCAAAGGGUACUUGCGUUCAUCUACGAGGUGGGGAUGAGGUUGUCUUCAGCACCCCUGGGAAACAUGCUCAUGUAUCCUUUUCAGACUGGAAAGUUGUCUACAUUUAG